CCUCCUCCUCCUCACCAGACCCGCGGGCUCACCGCUCCACCGGCUCUAGCACGAGCGCGAGGCACCACCGCACCCACGGCACGACACGGAGGAGGAGCUCGCAUUAAAAAGGGAGCUUGGAGAUUGUUCACGGGGUUUUUUCCCCCCCCAUCCAGAAAUAACGAGAUAUAUAGGUUUAUAAAUAUAAUCCUCCUCGACGUUAGUGCAGUUGUAUCGAUCAAACAUCAAGAUCACUACAAUUUUUUUCUAUCAUUAUUCUUACGACUCCAAAAAAAAGGACUCUCGCGUGUCUUGACGUUCUGGUUCCAUCACCUCGUGAGCCACCAACCCCCCCCACCCCCACGCCUCCGGUUCAACUAUUUGGAUCGUACCAAAGCCUGCGUUGGCAUCGACACAACGCCCGGAGCUCGGAGGUUGUGGACCGAACGGCCGCGUCUUCUCAGUCGUCACGCGGAGGGAUGCCAAGAUGUCCACGAACGCGUCCCUGAUUCGAAUUCCCUUCUCGGACCUUGAGAUCGGAGAACUGUGUGGCGGCGGUAGCUAUGGCACGGUGUACCGAGCCAUCUGGGUACCCCAGGACAAAGAAGUGGCCGUCAAGAAACUUCUCAAGUUUGACCGAGAGGCAGAGAUCUUGAGCGUCCUCAGCCACCGGAACAUCAUCCAGUUCUUCGGAGCCGUCACCGAGUCUCCCAACUACUGCAUCAUCACAGAAUUCGCGUGUCGAGGGUCGCUCUACGACUACCUGUGCGGGGACGAGAGCGAUGACAUGGACAUCGACCAAGUGCUGCCCUGGGCGAUGGACAUUGCUAAAGGAAUGAAUUACCUUCACACCGAGGCACCGGUCAAAGUAAUACAUCGCGAUUUGAAGUCGAGAAAUGUUUUGAUCACGUCGGACAACACACUAAAAAUCUGCGACUUUGGCGCGUCACGGUUUCACGGGCACACGACCAACAUGACGAUGGUGGGCACCUUCCCGUGGAUGGCUCCCGAGGUCAUCCAGAGCCAGCCCAUCUCCGAGACGUGCGACACCUACUCGUUCGGAGUGGUCCUGUGGGAGAUGCUGACGCGCGAGGUGCCCUUCAAGGGCUUCGAGGGGCUGCAGGUGGCCUGGCUCGUUGUCGAGAAGAACGAGAGACCGACCAUCCCCAGCAGCUGUCCCGCCAGCUUCGCCAUCCUCAUGCGGCAGUGCUGGGAAGCUCAGCCCAAGCGCCGCCCACACUUCAAGGAGGUCCUGCAGGCGCUCGAAGCCAUGCUCAACGACAGUCGACUCCCAAAGCAGUGCAACUGCUUCCUGCACAACAAGGCUGAGUGGAGGGGAGAGAUCGACGCGAAGCUGGAGCGACUCAAGGAGCUGGAGCGAGACCUGAGCAGCAAGGAGGAGGAGCUGCGCGAGCGCGAGCGGCGGCUCGAGAUGUGGGAGCAGCGACUCCGCGAGCAGGACAGCUUCACUCCGCUCUACGUGCCGCUGGCCAUGAGCCUCUCGCGCGAGUCCUACUUCGAGUCGCACACGGCGGAGACGAACAGCGCCGAGGUGUCCUGCAAUUUCAGCCUCAGCAACGAGGCCCGGGGGCGCAGGCUGCGCCGCGACUCCAGCUCGGGCCACUCGUCCGGCAGCGGCGACGGCAUCCAGAGCGUGGUGCAAGGGCUCCAGGACAUCCUGUCAUUGACGUCGGGCCCGACGCACCCUCUGCUCAGCUCGGGCCUGCAGGUCAGCCUGCAGACUCAGCACAAUGCGAGCGCCAGCGGCAGCCUGCGGCAGGGCAAGAAGGUGAAGCUGGACCUGGGGCCGCGCUUCCACUGGACGAGCUGGGAUGACGACUGAGCAGCGACGAUGCGAGAUCGAGAGACGAAAUGAAGUGCACAGUCCACACAGCCCACCGUGACACUGUCGAACCCGAUCCCACUCACAACCACGAUCCCACUCACAACCACGAUCCCACUCACAGCCACGAUCCCACUCACAGGCAUGAUCCCACUCACAACCACGAUCCCACUCGCAACCACGAUCCCACUCACAGCCACGAUCCCACUCACAACCCCGAUCCCACUCACAACCCCGAUCCCACUCAAGCCACGAUCCCACUCACAACCACGAUCCCACUCACAACCACGAUCCCACUCACAACCACGAUCCCACUCACAAUCACGAUCCCACUCACAACCACGAUCCCACUCACAACCACGAUCCCACUCACAGGCAUGAUCCCACUCAAGCCAUGAUCCCACUCACAACCCUGAUCCCACUCAAGCCACGAUCCCAUUCACAACCCCAAUCCCACUCACAGCCACAAUUCUUAUCACAACCACGAUCCCACUCACAGGCACGAUCCCACUCGCAACCCCGAUCGCACUCGCAACCCCGAUCUCACGCGCAACCACGAUCUCACUCACACCCUGAGCUCAGUCUCACCUUGAUCUCAAUCUUAUCCUGAUCUCAAUCUCGCCCUAAUCCUACUCCCACCCUGAUUGCACUGCUACCCUGAUCCUACUCUCAUCUUGAUCUCCCUCUCACACCUGAUCCCAAUCCCACCCUAACCCCGCUCCCGAAUACAAGUUCCCUCAGCUGGGGGAGGUCUCUGCACUGUCGACCACUGGGUGUAGUUAUGCGUCGUUCGUAUGUCGCUUGAUCACAUUAAUGGCCUGGUUCAUUACGUGUCUAACAACAACAACAACAAAAAUCACUUCAUGUAGUCCGGUACGAGCAACCACGAGUGGGCUCUGUCCAAUUGCUCCCAGAUUCAGCGUCACACUCCACGGAAAAUGAAUUACUCGGUUUACUGAUGACAGGGAUGAUAUAUCAGUAAGCAUCUAGCCUUGGACUUUAAAGUGAUUAGCAGCGUUAGGCUUUACCUCCCUAUAAGUGAAACUAAAUAAGUUCUGGGCCCGAUUUUUUUUGGUGGGAGGGGUAAUAUAAAACAAUUGGUUUCAGAUUUUAAUAGUUUUAAGCAUAGGCUUGACUGUAUUAGUGGCAACAUUUUAACUCCACUGGCAUUAUUAUAGUAUUCCGUCACGGUGGGCCACAGCAUCAAACACUGGACGGGAUUGAAGCUGUCUCCGUUUGAACGACGCAGGGGAUGGCCCAGAGAGAAGUGGAGAGGCCCACUGCAAGGAAGCGUCGGGGAAGGGGAGGAGUCAUGGCAAGCAGUAGCUCCAAAGGCCAAGGGACUCCAAGAAGAAGUCACAGUCAUGUCUAUGUAUGUAACACACAUACACAAGACAAAGAUACCCUACUUCGUGCCGUAUAAGAUAAUUGCCGUAUUUUAUGGAAUGUAAGACACUCCAGAAAAUAAGGCACACCCGAAACAUGUGCCCAGUAUCAAUAAAGUCACACAAAUAUGAUCGCGCGCACACACACCGACGGGAUUAUAAGACAAAACCUUAAAAUGCGAGGCGAGGGGGUUGGUGGUGUGUCUCAUAAGCUAGAGAUUACGGUAACUCUUGGGCAAAUACGUGGCAAUUAUUCAUAUUAGGAGGGCACAUUAAUAGUAUCGGGCCAUGGGGGUCAGGGGUCAUGGAGCCUCAUCCCAGCCAGCCGAGAAGCACCGCCUGCAUGGAAUGGAGCCGCGUUGGAGGUUCUCCUCGUCUUACAGAGAGAGAGAGAGACAUCAAGAGAGACCAAGAGAGAGAAAAACCACUGCAUUUGUAUUAACUGCGCUUAAUUAUUUUGCACAGCUCAUGUGUGAACUUUGGGGUUCGUGAAGCCUGGUUGCAUCUGCUUUUACUUUUUUCAAAAAGCCAUCCUGUGGAUGCAAGCUCGAAGUAGUCGUGGGCAUUCUAUCGAAUAGUCAUCAGCCGUGGUUAAAUUAUUAACAGACAUGCAGCUUAACGGUACUAUUCACAAAUAACAUUGCGUGUAUUUUAUAUGAAGAUAUGUAUACACAUUGUGGUGAGUGUUUGUCGUAGUGGUUAGCGUACUGCACUCCUGUGUAGGCAUUUUUCCCCAUUCACGAUUCAAUUAUUUUCAUUAUUAAGUGUCAGGAUUCGAUUCAAUAAUACGUUUUACAGUGGUGAAUACUGUACAGAAUUAUGGCACCCCCAGUACCUACGCGAGUUCACGUAAACCGAUUACAAAUUAUCAUUGAAUUGAAAUCAAUAUGAUUUCAAUUCAAUGAUAACGUGCGUGACUGGAUGCAUGUAUUGUGAGCGUGAUUAUCGAUUUAACACGUAGGCUUUUGCGACCAAUAUCAUCCAUAAUCGAGGUGUUUUGGUUUAGAUCGCAUGAAUAUAAAUGUGUCGUUAAACCCGCCACCACCCGACACGGCCAAUUAGUAAGGUG